AUGACCGGUGGUUGUUGGUCAUCUGUCACUGGGCGCAUAAAGCGCUUGUCGCCAACUCCGCCGAUUGUGAAGCCACACAACGAUUUGCCUUGGAACAUCAGGAAAUUCGUGCACAAUCAGCUGGGAAGGUUCAACUUCUCGGAUGACCUGCGGUUGGUGGAGCCUUGGUCUAAGUCGAACUGGUCUCAUACCGACUUGCCUCGUCUGAAAGAAGGCCUCGUGGGAGGGCAGGUAAGCCGGCAGUUAUUUAUUUGA